UGGUGGUAGCGGCUCGGGGAGGUGCUCGCUCUGUCGGUCUCGCUCUCGCUCGCUUCCCCCGGCUCCCUUCGGUGCCCCCCCCGGUCGCCUGCGUGCCGGAGUGUGUGGAGGGAGGGGGCGGGCGUCGGGGGGGUGGGGGGAGGCGCUCCGGUGCCCGGGAGCCCGCGGAGGGAGGCGGAGCCGGCGAGGGACUCCGGGACGCCAUGGACGUCGAGAGGCUGCAGGAGGCGCUGAAAGACUUCGAGAAGCGGGGGAAGAAGGAAGUGUGCCCGGUGCUGGACCAGUUCCUUUGUCACGUCGCCAAGACCGGGGAGACAAUGAUUCAAUGGUCUCAAUUUAAAGGCUAUUUUAUUUUUAAACUGGAGAAAGUGAUGGAUGAUUUCAGAACUUCAGCUCCUGAACCAAGAGGUCCUCCCAAUCCUAAUGUGGAAUAUAUUCCCUUUGAUGAAAUGAAGGAAAGAAUUCUGAAAAUUGUCACUGGAUUUAAUGGUAUCCCUUUUACUAUUCAGCGACUAUGUGAAUUGCUAACAGAUCCGAGGAGAAACUAUACAGGAACAGACAAGUUUCUCAGAGGAGUAGAAAAGAACGUAAUGGUUGUUAGCUGUGUUUAUCCUUCUUCAGAAAAAAACAAUUCCAAUAGUUUAAAUCGAAUGAAUGGUGUUAUGUUCCCUGGAAAUUCACCAAGCUACACUGAUAGGUCUAAUAUAAAUGGACCUGGAACACCCAGGCCUCUGAAUCGACCAAAGGUGUCUUUAUCAGCCCCCUUGACAACCAACGGUUUGCCUGAGAGCACUGACAGCAAAGAGUCAAACUCGCCACAUAACGAGGAGAAAAACCACAGUGACUCCCCAGCAUCUGAAUCAGAGGUUUCUUCAGUGAGUCCUGUAAAAACCAAACAUUCAGAGGAAGAUGCUGUGGAGGCUGAAGGGCACGAGGCCAAAAGACUCAGGUUUGACAAAGAAGGCGAGGUCAGAGAGACGGCCAGUCAGACCACGUCCAGUGAAACCGCAUCAGUCAUGGGGGAGGAAGCGGAAGCACCAUCGUCAUCUCAGGACAAAGACAAGGGAAAUAGUUGUACCCAGCAGCACUGCACAGAAGAGGAGGAGGAAGAGGAUGAGGAGGAAGAAGAAGAGUCUUUUAUGACAUCAAGAGAAAUGAUCCCAGAAAGAAAAAAUCAAGAAAAAGAAUCUGAUGAUGCCUUAACUGUGAAUGAAGAGACUUCUGAGGAAAGUAAUCAGAUGGAGGAGUCCGAUCUGUCUCGAGCUGAGAAAGAUCUACAUUCUGAAGGUAGCGAAAACAUGGACCCUGUAAGUAGUGGUUCUGACUGCCAUCAGACGGCAGAAUCGGUGGGAUCCACUUCCAGUAAGACUGGAGAGAUUCUCUCGGAAUCAUCCAUGGAAAAUGAUGACGACGCCACGGAAGUCCCAGAUGAACCAAUGGAGCAAGACUGACUACUUAAAAGCAUUUAGACGCAGUAUUUUACAUGCAGUUCUGGCUUUACACUGUAUAAAACUUUUGUGUAAUAAAGUGGACCUUUAGUUUUACAAGAGAAAGAGAAGCAGGUUGUUAAAGUGAAGUACUUUAAGAAGUGCUUUAAGUGUGAAUCCUGAAAGUUCUACGUGUAAGAACUGUGAAUAGCAGCUCCUCUGGGUUCUGCUUACUGCUUUUUUUUUUUUUUUUUUUUGGCGUCUGGUCAAAUCAGUGGUUUGUGUAUAGAUUUUUUUGUUUUUUUAAUUUAGAAUUAAAGUUUUUAAACUGGAACAUAAUAAUUAUAAUUUUGAGAACCUUUCAAGAUUAUCACCUUUAGUUUAUACAUCUGCAAGAAAGCUUUACGUCUUAUCUCUUUCUGACAGCUAUAGCGGUUUUCACAUUUUGGUCAUAGUGUCAACAUUUUCACAUGUGAAUUAUAGGGUUUCAUGCUGGUUUCCAGGUUUUAUCGGUUGACUAUGUACAAUGGAACUUUAAGUCAUAUAUACAUACAUAUAUAUAUAUAUAUAUAUUAUUCUAAGGGGGGAAAUGUUAUAUUUUUCUGUUUCUAUAAGAGAUGAAUACAGUGGAUAAUUUUCUAUUGGUGAUGAUUGAGUUCACCUCUUUCACGAGACAUUUUCUUUCUCUUCUGAGUAAUUCACAUAAAAUCUGGCCCUGUGAAACCCUGGAAAUCUUAAGUCUGUUGUAAUACCAGGUUAAACACAUUCCAAGACAUCUGUUCAAACUAAAAUUCUUUUGUAUACUUCAGAGGUGCCUGAUAAAAAGACUUCAUUAUUUAUGAGAAAAUGUGCUUUAUCUUGGAAAUUGUGUUCACACAUCAGCUUACUGUUUUCUUGAGCGAAUGCUUACGAAGCUGACAUGAGACCAUCUCAGAAGAACCAGGCAGGUUCCGUAACCUCUUGCUUGCUUUUCUGACAUUGUGAAUAUUACACAUUUCUUUCUAAAUUAUUCUAGAGUAUGCAAUUGUCAAUGGUAUAAAACACCACUGUACUGGAAGAAUUAAUAUAUUACUUUAGUAAUGUACCUGAGCUAAAAUGACUGAAGCUUUAGGGGGUGCAUAGAAACCACCAUAAUUUGUAUGACAUUUUGAAGUGAAUUAAAUAUUUUUGAACAUGCUUCUUCGACAGCCAGUGUUAUAUUUUUCAGAUCAACACAAAGCACAAUGAUUACUCUCAACUCAAUAUUUUCAAAUUCACAUAUUUAAAGUCAUGCAAGCUGCAACUUCCCUGUCAAAAUUACUGGCUGCCAAAUUUAUACCUGUUUCUUCAGCUGUACCUUUUGAUAUUUAGAAUUUUUAAAUUUCUGUAAAGUAGAUUUUGUAGAGUGUAAUGUGUUCACUGCCUUUGUGAAGCGGUAUAUAAUUGUAUAAUUUCUGUGUGUAAACCGAAUGCUUGGGCUUUCAAUACAGUAUUCAUAUGAAGCAAUAAAUAUUCAUGUUAUGAAAUACUCGAGUACAUUUUUAUCAAAAUACAAAAGAAUCCCUUUUUUUAGUUUCAGAUACCUGAAGUACACAGAUGAACUUAUAAAAACAUGCAAACAGUUUCUGACACUGUAUCAUAUGCUUUGGGUGAUUUGGAGGGAAACCACAAGUUUUGCAUUUUGACUACUUAAAUUGCUAUGACUUAAAAAAAAAAUACCCAAAUGAUUUGACGCUGUGUAUGUUUUUAGGGUAUAUACUACUGACUGACUUGACAGGUUCACAAGCAGCUCGAUGAUAUAUUUAUGAAUAUGUCUAAUACUUUAAAAAUAAAGACCGAAUAUUGAUUUACUGUAACAAGAGGGGGUAAUCAAACAUUGUAAAUUUAAAAAAUUUUUUGCGACGAUGUUAAAAUGAAGCAAUUUAAAUGUGACUUUCAUUUGUAGUGACCUGUUUAUUUUGUUGAGGGAUAUUUUGCCAAUGAGAACAGAUUUUAAACAUUUUAAGUUUAGAAAUUUAGGAAUUUUCUUUAGAAUAUUUAUGAAAUUAUUGUCAAUAAACCUAUUCUUUAAUCUCCUGUGACCUUUUGAUAUGUUUUGUUUUAAUUGUAGUGCCAUGGACCACUUGUAAACAAAUCUACUUAGUUUUGUUGGUUAUAAGUUGAAGAUUCAGUGUCAUGACUUUGAGGUCUGUGGUUUAAUUUGUAAACUUGCAAUUGCUAUUUUUGCAAGGGCAAAUGUAUUUCUUUAUUAAAUAAAGUACAAUAAUGGUGAAUGUACCAAAAUGACAUCACUUAACUCUAUGAGAGAUCUACAUUUUAAUCUAUAGUUUAAUCGUUUUAAUAUUUAUUAGAUGUUCAUAUGUCGAUCAUAGAUCAAACUUGUUGCUGUUUAUACAGAUAAUUGUGGAAUGCUGAUGGAGUAUCUUCUUUAGGGUAGGUGGAAUACUUCUCUCGUGGGACUGGGAGUCUAGUUGAGCUGGCUUUAGAUACUGGUGGCCCCGGGGAAGUAAAUCUCCACAAACGUGCAGGUGCACAUCUGAUCCCUGCACCAGGGAACGCCAGACCCCACAGCAGCUAGCCGACUGGUGCGUUGUUUAAAAGGCGAUUUUCAGCCCAUUUCCUUAACACAUGGAGCAAAGUGCUAUCCAAAGGUUGAAAUGGAAAAGCAAGGCUUGAGUGAUUAAAGGUAUUUUAUUUUUUGACCUUGAACAGAUUGUUUACCUGUUGCUCUAGUCUCUGAACCCAACGAAAAAAUUUGGAGAUGCUAAUGAGGAAAGAGAAUAUAAAUAUAGUAUGUUUUUAUCACUCUUCCCUUUUAAAAAGUGAAAACAAAACUUGUACAUUUUUGAAAAAUAUGUUUUCAGUUCCAGAAAUAUAGCAGAACAGAAAUAAUUAGUGAAAAUGUUAUAUUUUAAAUGUUGAUUAUUAGAUGGAUUUAAACCACUUAGUAUAUAUUCCACAUCUACACCUUUCAGGAGUGUAGCCUGAUCGAUGGAGUUGCCCGUCAGGGAGUAUGAAGCACUUGACGUGGAAAGGUCCCCCAAAGUCGGGCAGGACGGCAUGGCCUGUUAAGCAUUGAGGUUCAGAGUAUUUUAUUUUGCUGGUGUAGAUAGGCAUGUAUUUAUGCAUUUGUAAAAUCAGCAACUUUUCAAAUAAUGUAAAUGUAAUAUACUAGUUCACUUAUAAAGGUACUUGGGCAGAAUCUAAAGCUGCUGCAAUGUUUGAUUUGUGAAAAAAAAUGUAACAUGGUAAGGAUGAAAUGUAACUUGCAGAACCAAAGGAAAUAAACAUGGGGUGGUGCUUCGGAUUGUCUUCUGAGUGGGAGUUUUUUAAAUGCAUUGAUUUUGAUAAAACGAAGGUCAGUUCUCUCCAGAGAUUUGUGCCACUCAUAAAAUGGAUGAAUGCAAAAACACCUUGUAAUUUCAUAUGGAAUUAUUAAAAUUAGGUUUACUGGGUUAUUGGCCUCAUAAGGAUGCUAGUAUGUAUUGGUUAGACUACAUCUUUCACAUUUAAGAAAUAAUCAGUACACUUCAGAAUUUUAUUUCAACUUGGAGCCUAGAUAACUUUGCCAAAUAAAUGUAUUAUUUUCAUAAUGCAAUAAAAUAUAAAUUAGAAGAAUA